CUGAAUCAUAAAUUGUGUUCCCACCUUUAUCAACUUGUUUUCGAUUAUAAAACACUAGUUAUUAUAGAUCAGUUAUGAUUGACGGUAUAAAUAAUUGAUCUUGGCGACUAAACAUUACUGAGAAAAGGCAAAAUUAGUUUGAAUCUCAACUGGAUUUCCACUCAACCUACAUUUUGUGUUUUUAUUGCUUAUUCCACCUGAGUAUACAACGCCUAAAAAAAUGGCGUGAACUUAAGUCGUACCUCAUUACAUUUUAGUAUUUGUUUUCUAGGUGUGAGAGCUAUAACUUCAAUCAGAAUCGACAGUCAAUGAGGACUUUGCACCAGCCGAUAGCAGAAAAAACCCAUCGCUUACAUUAGUUUUUGUUACCAGCCUAGCGGUUUUUUCAAAGCUAAAGCUAAUUAAUGAAGGAGCGUUAUUAAUUAUUAUUUAAAACAUUAACCUGCAUGCGCAAGGCAGAAAAUAGACUUGAAGCAAGGGUGUUUGUUUAUAUCGCAUGACAAAGCUUAAAGAAGCAUAUAACAGCUUGUGGCCAGCUGGUAUCCAGAAUUGUCUUUGGAAAAAUGCAUAUAGCUAUGGAAACCGCAGAAGCACCGGGCGGAUUGCUAUUUCAGCUACUUAUAAAUUCCGAGCGGUUUCGAUGGGUAGACUUACAGCUGCGACUGAACUGAAACUGAAAAACAAACCAAAAAGAAAACGCUAAACACAUCUGAUUUAUAAGUUAAUCAUGGUUGCACGGUUCUGCGCUCAGAAGGUUGAAGAAUACGAAACACUUCUACAACAUCAGGCAACUCUGAUGUUAAUCCUGUGUGCGCUGAACCUAAUUUUUUCCAUUGUGGCAAUCCUUGGAAAUCUCCUUGUCAUUCGGGCCUUGUGGAAAACCUUGUCAAUACCCGCUACUUUAAAGACGUUGUUCCUAAGCCUUGCGGUUUCCGAUCUCGCAAUGGGAUUAUUUGCGCAACCAAUGUUUGGUGUAGUGAUUGCAGUGAUGUUAAAGAUGACGGUUAGUGGAGACUACAACUCCUCCAUGUUUUGUCCAUCUGUGGUCACCAUAUGUCAUUUUUCUUUAUUUUUUCUGGCUUGUGCAUCGCUAUUGCACGUGACUUUCAUCGCUUUCGACAGACUUCUUACAAUUUUUCUGCAUCUCCGUUAUCAAGAGCUUGUGACUCCAAACCGUGUUAACAUAGCCUUAGCAUGUUUGUGGUUGACAAGUGGUGCUGCAGCUUCGAUGUACAUAUCACUUCCCAAUAACAACGACAGGGUAUCGGAGGUGCUUGAAUUGGUUGGCCUUCUCGUCACAACUGUGGCUUAUUUUCGCAUUUAUAAAACUGUGAGACAUCACCAGAAUCAAAUUCAAAGUCAAAAUCAAGCGUUAAAUGCUCAAGCAAUGGACGCCCUCCGAGAAAGAAAGUCGGCCAUCAAUGCUUUGAUUGUUUAUGUUGUGUUUCUAGCUUGUUAUGUUCCAUAUUUAUGCUGUACGAUUUUGUUAAUGGUGGAUAAACUUCGGGUAUCUUUUUUGGCAGGUUAUCAAAUUUCCUUAUUGUUGCUUCUUCUCAACUCCUCAAUAAACCCUCUAGUUUACUGCUGGCGAUAUCGCGAGAUUCGUCAUAUUUCCAAAAAAAUC